ACUAUUGUAGAGAAAAAUAAUUGUAUAGUGAUGUCACCAAAAUUUAGAAGUUAUAUCGAAGAUCUUUAUUAUAAACUUUUAUACGAAGGAAAGUUUGAAGAAGUUCAAAUGGAAAUGGAAAUGAAGGGCACCAUAGACUCAAAAAAAAAAUAUAAAAUUGAUAUGUCAAAAAAGGAAAUAUAA